UAGCUUAUUGCUGAGCAACGGAGGGAGAGAAGGCCACCGCUCUGAUCUGCAGAGACGGCACGGAAAGGCUGGGCUCUAUACACACCUUCAACAGCGACACACACCAGAAAGAAACGGGAUGGCCUAGGUGCGUUGUGCUGUCAGUGGUCUAUCAGCUGUAAGCUAUUUUGGCCAGCGGAGGUGUGUAUGAGAGGCCGCAGCAGGGUGCAGAGAUGAGUGUGACCUCUUGGUUCCUGGUGAGCAGCGGGGGAACGCGACACCGACUCCCCCGGGAAAUGAUCUUUGUUGGCCGUGAUGACUGCGAGCUCAUGCUACAAUCCCGCAGUGUGGACAAGCAGCAUGCAGUCAUCAACUAUGAGGUUGGUACUGAUGAACACAAGGUCAAGGACCUGGGAAGCCUGAAUGGGACCUUUGUAAAUGAUGUACGCAUCCAGGAGCAAAUGUACAUCACACUGAAAUUGGAGGACAAACUGAGGUUUGGCUAUGAUACCAAUCUGUUCACAGUGGUGAGAGGAGAGCUCACUGUGCCCGAGGAGGCUCUAAAGCAUGAAAAGUUCACCAGCGGCCUGCAGCUCAGCAAGAAGCCGUCCAGUAAUGAAACAACUCCCAACACAAACACAAGCAAAUCUCCUGCAAAGACCCCAACAAAGACACCAAAGUCCCCCAGCAGCACCACCACAAAGUCAGGGGAAAAGAGAGUAAUGGAUGGGGUCUGCUCCUACAAAGAGCUGUCAGCUAAACCUGUGGAUUCUCACAAAACAGAGGAAAGGAUAGGAGGGGAUGUUACAGCGCUGCCUCGUGGGACACCCCUGUAUGGCCAGCCGUCUUGGUGGGGGGAUGGAGAUGCAGAUGAUGAAAAUUCCUUCAAACAGGAAACCAAGUCAUCCUCUUCAAAAAAACACGACAGCUCCAUUUCAGAGAGUAAAGAGGUCCGUCGAGGAGAAAAAGCUCAGGAGGACAGCCUUCAUGCAUCCUCUGCUCACGAAUCCAGUUACUUUGAGAUCCCUACCAAGGAAGGUCACAUGGCCACUAAUGGCAUCCACGAGAUUCCCACCAAGGAUACGGAGGGUGCACCAACUCACAGCCACAUCACUACAGCUCAAGGACAUGCCUCCUUCACCAUAGAGUUUGACAACACUUCUCCAGGGAAAGUCACCAUUAAAGACCAUGUGUCAAAGUUCACACCCGACCAACAUAGAUCUCGCUCCAAGAAGAGUGGAGCGGGAGGUGGAGGCACAGGAGGCAGGGACCUGAGCACUCUACAAGCGGCUAUGAUGGCAUCUGAGAGCAAGGUGGCUGACUGGCUGGCUCACAAUGACCCCACUCUGGUGCGCGGCGAGUCAACGGAGGACGAUAGCAAGAGCAUCAAGAGUGACGUGCCAGUCCAUCUCAAAAGACUCAAAGCAGGUAGCAAACAUGAGGAUGGCACCCAGAGUGACUCGGAGAAUGGACUGGGCCUACGUUUUGCCAACCGCCGCCAUGCUCUUGAGGAGCGGCUGAAAACAGCCCACAGCCACGUGAGCGGAGGAGGAGCAGGAGGGGCAAACACUACCGUGAGCAGUACCAGAACAACUGGCACACGCACAGCCUUUAUGAUCGAGUUCUACGACGAGGAAAACCCUCGAAAGCGUCGAUCAUAUUCGUUCUCUCAGACCGCUCCUCUGCUUGGGGGAGGACCUGGCGGGGAGGGAUUGUGUCCUCAACCUCCGUCUCACCCCAAGGUGUUUAGUAUUUCCACAUCUGCAACAACUGCCUCAGACUCAGGUAAGGUCCCAGCUCCAAUACCAGCGACAGUAGCAGCUGGUGCCCCAACAGCUGCACGUGUUCUCCUAAAGCAGAGAUCAGAGGACCCAAGUAUUGGUCGAAGUUCAGCCAGUACCGGCCUGGCGACAGGCAGCCCGACCAGCCCGAGUGAGGACACCUCAGUCGUGGGCAAAGGAGCAGGGACAGCUGGAGGGGAGGCAGAGGAUGACCACAGCGAUAAGGGGACUUACACUAUUGAACUGGAGAACAGGAACCCAGAGGAAGAGGAGGCCAGACGCAUGAUAGACAAGGUAUUUGGUGUGCAGGAGAACACAGAUGCCUCUGUUCUGUCAGACCUGAAAGAAGAAGCACAAGGAAAGAAGACAAGAGAGAUUGGGAAAGAGUUUGUGUCACCUCAGGCUGUUACUGGUGAUUCAAGCUGGGUUUCUGAGUGGGCCAGUUUAGCUGCCAAUCACACCAGGACAGACCCAGAGGGUUCUGGAGCAGAGGUAGCCACCUACCUACACAAAGAGAGAGGAGCUGAUGCUUUUGAGUCUGGUGCACCACUCAGCAAAGGUGAAUCCUGUUCCAGUUUGACAGACCGUAAACGCAGAACCCUCCCCCAGCUCCCUGUGGAUGACCCCCGGGCUAAAUCCAGUCCCAAAGCUCUUAGGUCAGAGAUAGGAGAGAAACAAGACACCGAGCCCCAGGAGAAAGAAAAUAAGGGAGACGGGGAGUCCCCAAUUCCAAUGGAGGACGGCGAGAUGACCAGUAAACGGAAACAAAGCUCCACCUCUUCUCCAUCUAAGGCUCCUCUCAGAACCUCUGGCAGCACUGAACGGAGGAAGAGGUCAGAGGAGAGGAAAGGAGGAGGAGAAGGAGGAGAUAAGUCUGGAAAGCCUCUAGUCCGCCAGGGCAGCUUCACUAUUGAGAAGCCCAGUUCUAAUGUCCCUGCAGAGCUCAUCCCUCGCAUUAACAGAGGCAGUAGUGGGCUUGAACGCAGCGACUCUGUGGGCAGCAUGGAUACCGCUACACUCCUGAAGGACACUGAAGCCGUCAUGGCAUUUUUAGAGGCUAAGUUAAGAGACGAGAACAAACUUGAGCAUAAAAGUAGCAAAACAUGCGUCAUUAAUCAGGGUUCAGGUUCUGGUGUUCCCCCUCGGACUGACUCCAUCUCUCCUGAAUCUGAUGUGGACACAGCCAGCACGGCUAGUCACGUGGCUGGAGAAGCAGAGAGGAAGGCAGCUGCUGGUGGUGUUCAGAAGCGGCGUUCUCUCAGCAGCAUGCACCGGGAGAAGAGCAACAUGAGCACAGCUUCCAAGACCAGCACUACAAAUACCAGCGCUCGUGAGCGCCUGGAGAGAAAGACUAAAAGUAGAACAGCUGAAGCAACAACCCGGGUUGAUGCACGCCGCUCUACUCAGCCACCCUCUUCCUCCUCCAGAGGACGGCAGCCUUCUUUGGAUCUCACUGAUGAUGACCAGACUUCUUCCUUCCCCAUCUCUGACAUUCUCUCUUCAGACCAGGAGACCUACUCUGGAUCUUUGGGGCAUUCCGGACCUAGACGUGGUUCUGAAGAUGUCCUUCAUUCCAAACUGGACAGCAGAUCUGCUAAAACGUCCAUCAGUGGUUCCUGCAAAACCAGCCGGACUCUCCAAGCAGCCACAGCCUCCUCCAUGAGCAAGCAAGCCUCACUGCCUCAGCCACGGCCCACAAGAGCCUCCCUUCUUCGUCGCGCCCGGCUGGGGGACACAUCAGAUACAGAUCUAGCAGACGCUGACAGGGUUUCUGUGGCCUCUGAGGUGUCCACCACCAGCUCCACCUCUAAGCCACCGUCUGGCCGGAAGGGACUGUCACGGCUCGAUAUGCUGGCUCAGCCACGGAGGAACCGUAUGGGCUCCAUCUCAGCCCGUAGUGACUCAGAGUGUACAGUGACUCGGAGCGCCACCUCUUCACCCCGCCUGUCAGCAGAGACAGCUCUGCGUCUCGGCCUGCGCUCAUCAACACCCCCAGAGAACAGACUGACCCCCAGGAUGAGAGCCAACAGCGUGUCCAAGCUGAACGAGACCAAGACGAAGACCAGUACAUCUGGAUACUGCUCCCCCACAGAGAGCCCUCAGCCCGAACCUGCAGAUGGUGAUGCAGAGGAAGAGCUGAUGGUGUCCAGCAGCAACAGGUGGAGGCGUCUGCCACCGGAAUAUGGUUCCACCUCAGAGGAAGAGUUUGGUUCCAGCCGGAAUUCUCCAAAACAUGGAGCUCGCGCUCACAUGCGACCUCAUCACCUUGUCCCACACCGCAGCUCGAGACUUAGCACCACCACUAGUUCAGGGUCAGGCGUGGUACCAGGUCCUGGUGGGGUUGGGAUCAAACAUCGCAUGAAAGAGCAGGAGGAGUACAUCAGAGACUGGACAGCACACAGCGAGGAGAUAGCCAGGUUGUUCCCCUGUGUGCGCAGGAUCAGCCAGGACCUGGCUAAAGAUUUGGCAAUCCUGGCCCGCGAGAUCCACGAUGUGGCUGGUGAAAUAGACUCAGUCAGCUCAUCUGGCACCGCACCCAGCACCACCGUCAGCACAGCUGCCACCACCCCGGGAUCGGCCAUCGACACUCGGGAAGAGGUAGGCUCUGCACGUCCCACGCAGCCGGACAUACAGGAGAGUAUGAAAAAGUUGGUGGAUCGGGUGUUUGACGAGAGCCUCAACUUCAGGAAGAUCCCUCCUAUUAUCACAACCAAUAAGGCACCAGAGAUUAACGGUAAACCAGUGGAGCACCGACCCCGAGCUCCUGAUAGUCUGGAGCCUCGAGCCUUGAGGAGACGCACCUGGAACCGAGAGGAGGCGGUGUUGGACAGCCUGCUUAUCCACUCAGUUUCUCAGCUGUCAUCCAAGAUCAGACACUCUGUUGACAAAACAGCAGGAAAGAUCAGGAUCUUGUUCAAGGAUAAGGACAGGAACUGGGAUGAAAUUGAGAGUAAACUGAGAUCGGAGAGUGACGUGCCACUCCUUAAAACCUCCAACAAAGAAAUCUCUUCAAUUCUGCUGGAACUGAAGAGAGUCGAGAAGCAGCUCCAAGUGAUCAAUGUGAUGGUAGACCCAGAUGGGACUUUGGAUGCCUUGGCCAGCCUUGGCCUAACCAGCCCCACCACCCCGACCAAGCCCCAAACCGCCAAAACAACUUCUUCCUCUGCCACCAGCCCGGGGUCAGCACCCCCAGCCAAAGAAUCACUGCCAGAGAUCCAUCCUGGGCCUGGAGGUUCAGCAGCCUCCUCCAGAGUACAGACUACCUUUUCCAGCACGGAGAAGACCGCACAAGACGCCAGUGUGGGUUUGGGGUUAACGGGAGUCGGAGGGCUGUCCUUUAACCGCAUGAGGCCAAGCGGAGAGGAGGCCAUUGCACAGAAAUGAAUAGGAAGUGACUCCUAAGUAAAGUUGAUGUGAAUAAACAUGAGUCUGGAUUGGAGUGUAGAUGGCUGGUGAUUAGUGUUUCUAACAAUGCAGGUGUUGAAACAAUUUUUUGUUUUUUUAAGAACAGUGGCCAUUCUGCUGGCUGCAGCAUUUUGGAUUAUAAUUUAGUCAAAAGAUGAUUUAGCAAAAGAUAUCCUGGCCAGAAAUUAAGUGCUUAAACUGACUUUUAUGCUCUACUCUAAUCCUCUACUGAUGCACCACGGAUAUACUCUCAAACAGAAAGUGACCCAUAAAUACACUGACAAUAACAUCUCAUCCUCCUACUGUUCAUGCUCCCCGGCCAACCUGGCAUCCUGGUGGACAGAUCUCUGUGGUUGUUCAGUCUCCUUCACUCCGCUUGCCUUCUUCAUGUGUCUGGACCCUUCCUCCUAAACUAAGGACAUGCCUUAAAACACAUCAACAAUAGCAGCAGCAUAACCUCCUGUACCCCCAAUAAAUUAUUCAAAACCGUUUUUAGGAGUUUAAAACAGUACCUUCAGACAAACUGAAUGCAUUGUAAAAUAACACUUUCUUUACAUGUUCUAUUUACACUGUAAUGAAAUACAACUGCAAUAAUUUAUAACCUUGAGUUUGUUGCAAACAAUAUUUCAGCAGCCUUAAAUAACCACCCUGACAAACCACAUAAGUGUACAUGCUUUAUAUUUACAACUGUUGAGAUUAUUUCUGAAAUUACGCAGAAUUGCUAAUUCUUUUACAUAUAUAUUACAGAAUUGUAACCGUCCAUUGAGCCAUCUGAAACAGAGUUUUAAUGCCACCCCACCUCCGAGUUCACGUACUUCCUUCAGAGUAGCGGGAAACAGUUUGUCCUUGCGGUAGCAUGUGCAGGAUAUAACUACAAGUUAGUCCGUUUGAUCAUACUAAAAAUCUAAUGGUGGUUUUACUCAGCAGUAGCAGCUUUUAGGUAAACCAAUGAUAAUUACUUACCAAAGUUGACAUGUUUCUUUAUAUAGUCAUUUUCCAACAAUAGAACGAUCUUGAAAUUGAUCUGUUAUGCAAAAGCUGAUAUUGCAGUUCAUUUUGAUGUCAGCUUCUUUUGCAGUUCACAUAUUUUACUAAAUGUCAAGACUCAUUUUGUGUCAACAAAUCAAAGAUUCAGGCAGCUGAUUCAUCAAAUAAAAACACUAUUAGCUAUACCCUUAGCUUUAUGCUAACUUUUACAGGAGUAUAUUUUAUUUCUAAUUGGCUGUUUUAUACUUUUUCUGGUCACAGCUGAUAUGACUUUUGUUUGAGUUUCAAAGUGUUUUUAAAGAAAUAUUUUACAAUAUUUAGAUAUUGCUGCUGCAAUUUUUAAGAGUUUGAUAUUUUUUGUCACUAAAGUACACACAAAACCUGAACAUGAAAAAGCUGCUGCAAUUACUUUUAUUAAAUGUGCCAUCAAAACGUGAGCAACUCACAGAAAGGCCUUUUAUGAGUUAAAAGUAGUCAGUGUUUUUUUUCUUUCUUUUAAUAAACACCUCUCCUGUUUCAUUAGUUGUUUUUGUAAUGUGGCUUCACAUCCAUGUAAAUACCGAAGGUGGCUCAUUGUUUUUACCAAGUAGGGAAGCUCAAGUAUACUUCUGUAUAAUUAACCUACUUCUCAUUGACUUUGCUGCUUUUGUAGUAACUUUAUGGAGACUAACCAUUUUCUGACUCUCUUCUGCUUAUAGUCUGUGUCUAGACUAGAGUAUUAUGGCUUAAAGGCAAUGUAUUUGUAUUUAGAUACUCUGACAAUAGUGAAUUAGGUACCAGAAUAUGUGUUCAUUUCCUUCUCUCUGUACUGUAAACAUAUUUCCAAUGCCUCUAAGUGCCCAUUUUGACAAUAGAAGGGCAUUGAUUAAAAGAACGUAGUUGACUAGAAAUAAAAAAAAAAUCCCUAUUUUGCACAUCACAUUGUCUUUUCCGUGCAGAUGAAGUAAAGAUGCUAUGACAGGUUGCAUGAAUUGAGUGACAUCACUCUGCCUGAUAUCAGAAAUGACUACCUUGCCUCUGAAACUCUGUUUAAACACAGCUUCUAAUUCUUUUACCUGUUUUCUCCCCUUCCCCAUUUUAUCAUAAAGAAGUUAGGGGACUGUGAAUCCUAGGUACAUGUUUAUUUUUAAAUGCUGUCAUCAGAUCAGUGUUCUUUGUAAUUUUGUUUUAUUUUUGUAAAGAAAACCACCAUUUUAUUUAUUUUGUUUUAAUAUGUGGAUGUUUCAUGCAUUUUAUAUUUGUUCAACUAUCUGCAUUGGUUCUUACUGUUAAUAAAAACAGAGCCAUUCA